CCGCGGGGCGUACUUCGCGGCUUCGGCUCCGGCUCCGGCGACUAGGACAGGACAGCGUUGUCUCCGGCUCCGGCAACAUGGCUGAGAAGCGGCACACAGGGGACGCCGAAGCCCGGAGGCUCCCCGACUCCUUCAGGGAUAGCCCUAGUACGGGCCUUGGACCUUGUGGCUGGAUUUUGGUGGCUGUCUCGUUCUUGUUCACAGUUAUAACUUUCCCAAUAUCAGUAUGGAUGUGCAUAAAGAUCAUAAAAGAAUAUGAAAGAGCCAUCAUCUUUAGAUUGGGUCGCAUUUUACAAGGAGGAGCCAAAGGGCCAGGUUUGUUUUUCAUUCUGCCGUGCACUGACAGCUUCAUCAAAGUGGACAUGAGAACUAUUUCAUUUGACAUUCCUCCUCAGGAGAUCCUCACCAAGGAUUCAGUGACCAUUAGUGUGGAUGGCGUGGUCUAUUACCGCGUGCAGAAUGCAACCCUGGCUGUGGCCAACAUCACCAAUGCCGACUCCGCAACCCGUCUUUUGGCACAAACAACUCUGAGGAACGUCCUAGGCACCAAGAACCUCUCUCAGAUCCUGUCUGACAGAGAAGAAAUCGCACACAACAUGCAGUGUACCCUGGACGACGCCACGGACGACUGGGGGAUAAAGGUGGAGCGCGUGGAGAUUAAAGACGUCAAACUGCCCGUGCAGCUCCAGAGAGCGAUGGCCGCAGAGGCCGAAGCAUCUCGCGAGGCCCGAGCCAAGGUCAUCGCGGCCGAGGGAGAAAUGAACGCGUCCAGGGCUCUGAAGGAAGCCUCCAUGGUCAUCACGGAGUCCCCCGCGGCCCUUCAGCUGCGGUACCUCCAGACCCUGACCACCAUCGCCGCUGAGAAGAACUCCACGAUCGUCUUCCCCCUGCCCAUAGACAUGUUGCAAGGCAUCGUAGGGGCAAAACAGUGAGCCACAGCGGCCGACACAGAGGUGCACCCUUCCCUUCCAGGGUAGAGUGGGGACCAACUCAGCCUUUAGCCCGUAAGGAGAGAGUAGGGCGGGACCUUGACUAUUCUUCCUCCCUUUCCUGUUCCAUAUGUUGACUGCGAGGUGCUUAGAGUGUGUAGUGAGCCUAGCAACAGACACAGAUGAAGAUCGUUAGCUUGUAAAUACUGAGAGAGAGAAGGGAUGUGGGGAGGGGGUUGGCGACUGGUGGUCUGUAAGAUCAUUUCUUACUCUUUUAAACUAUUUAAAAUUCAUACAUUUAGAUCAUUAUGUAAUAGGUUAGAUCCCCCUUCUUCUGACUUUCACUGGGUCAUUCUGCUCCCUCUAUCUGUCUGCAGCCAGACCAAAGGUGAGAAAAUAGGUUAUAACCACCACUUGACACCCUGGCUGGACAAAUGCUUUACAGAAAGCAUGACCCUGGGCUACGACCUGCUUCUCUGGGCCAUAUGUGCCUUACUUCCAGGGAACCUUAAGGAAAUUUUCCUACCAUCCAUCCACUUUCUAAGCCCAGACCUUGUUUCAAAAUAAUCCUCACUUGAGAGUUGGCAUUUUCAUGCCCGUACCCGUCAGCACUGGGGGAAAUGGUCAAGGUCACUGAAAAAGAUUAUCUUAACCCUUGAAAGACUUUUAAAUCUACUAUCCCAGAGAUCCUUUAAGAAUAAUGUGUUUCUUCUCUCCCUUUCUUUCAAACUUCUUUGAGUCUCUUUAUGACUCAGUGAUUCCUCUGUGGUCUUUCAAACCAGCUAAAUACUUGUCACAAAAGUGCUUUUUCCUCACUUUUGCCUAUUUUCAUAUAUCAGGUUCUAAAUAGUUCUGAUUUUUUAAAUAAAAUAUUCUCUAAGUUCUAUAAACAGUUCUUUGUAUACCCAUUUGAAUAGCUUAAGGACCAAUCUUUUUUAAAAAAAAUAUCUACAGCAGUUCUCUCUUAUUGUCUGCAUGCUCUUAAUAGUGUAUACUGUGAAAUAUCUUGGUUACCAGGCCCAGCCAUUCAACAUUAUAAGGAACUCACAAUAUAUUGGGCACAUAAUAGUCAGUGAGCUUGGGAAGACACUGUCAGACUUAGGGUAUAUAUAGAUGUAGGGUUUUUUUUUUUUUUGCCAAGUCGUCCUUUUCUAUACUGGAUGUCAGUGCCCAAAGAGGAAGUGGGCGCCCUCUCUGACCCGUGCUUUCUUGUUUCACAAUGGUAGGAAGCACCUUUUUACAAAUGCCUGUGGAUCCGAGCAAACUGGCAUUCCUCCUGUUAGUUCGAAAACCUGGCUGGUGACACUUAAACCACUUCCUCCUCAUGGCUCUGAGUUCACCUACAGAGCUCUUAGGAAUGGCAGCUCCCAUACCCAGAGCCACCCUUCAUACCCAUCCUUGGCUGCGUCCCUCGGUCAAUCCCAGACUGCGAGUGUCCCCUUCCCUAGCGCCCAUUUCCGAGCUUAUUUUAGAAGACCUUGAGCCACGCAUCCAGGUUCCUGGCGGAGUUUAUUAGAUGUAUAUGGCGCGUUUUGACUUGGAACUCAAGUUACAUUUCUAUUUAUAAUUUUCAACUAAUGAUCUCUCUUUGCAUGAGGUGGCUCACCCUUGACCAGUGAGGACCAGGAAACAGCCCCGUAUCCUGGCUGAAAGUCUCUUCUCAGGCUUAGAGUAACAGUGAUUUCUGCUCCUUUGACUGUCCCCAUUUCCAGAUACCAGUCUUCGCCUCUCUGCCUCGUGGAUUCACAGCCCAAUAGGUUGGGAUUAAAUUGCUUGAGAGGGAGGAAGGCAAAAGGGUGUAGGAUGAGAGCGCUGGCGCAAGAGUGUUUCCCACACGGCCUCCCUUUCCAACGCUGUACAUAAUACAGUGUGCACUUUUGCUCAUUC